GACACAAUAUCACUUAUUCUUCUACAUUACAUCUCCAAUCAAGACUCCACGGAUAUCAAGGGCAGUGUCACACGAUUCAUUCGACCCUCGUCUAAAUAACAUCUUCACAAUUCAAAUCUCGAAUUCAAAUCAUCUCUUAGCAAGACUCAGCCAACAUGGCCGACAUUGAGAUGGCAGAUGAGUCCAUCAUCGAGCUACACCCCUCCUGGGAUGCUGCUCUCAUAGUCUCUCAUAACAAUCCCCGGAAGAAAUUCCUCGUAUCCUCUCACAUUCUGAGAGUCGCUUCCAGAUAUUUCAACUCUCUUCUCGCGUCCAAAUUCGAGGAAGGCGCCAAGAUUCAGUCCGGAUCGAAGCCCGACAUCACCUUGCACGAUGACAACCCCGAAGCCAUGGAGAUGAUACUCUCUAUUCUACACUACAAGUACCAGGACAAGUGGUACACUCUGAGUGCCAGGAUGGUUUCCGUCGUCGCUAUGCAGUGCGACAAGUACGACUGUGCUGCGUCUCUCAGACCGUGGGUCAACCAGUGGCUCGCCAACUUCGGACAGGUGGAGCGUGGGGACGUUGGCUACCUCUUAGUCGCGACUGCCUCUCUCGGCGAGGCGGCCAAAUUCCAGAAGAUGUCCAAGGCUGCUGUCUUGCAGCUUCCGAUGAACUUUGACUUCAAAGCCUGGUCGGAGGAUGAGGUCCUGUCUGCUUUGCCGGACGGUGAGACCAUCAUCGACCUUGAUCAGAACCAAUCCGAGAUUGGCCUCAUGGACACUUCCCGCUGCAGCAAUGGCCAAAACCUUGGAGUGGGUGAUUUCCCGGUUGUCUGCUCCUCCGAGACACGCGUAGCUGAGUGCACGCGCAUGUUCACCAAGUUGCAGCUGUACCCCAACGAGAAGGCAUGGCGUGAGGGUACCAUUGCCGAGAUUGCUCUGCGGUUCAACAUAAUUAGGGAGACGAGCACUCACCGAUGUGACUUUGACCAGAGAUGCCCCCUGAAGAAGCGAUUGGUCGAGUUGGACAACGCGGUGGUCGAGGUGAUUGAUGGCAUCCGGGGCUGGAAGCUGAAGCCUCUUGCAGCGGAUGAUGCUACUGCCAAUGCUGACUGCGAGGACAAGGCCAUCAAGGGGUUGGAAUGCGAAGGCCUGUAGAGUGGAAAGAUACUUUUGGCGAAACUUGGGCGGCAAAUUGGCUGGUUGGUGAUUUUGGUUUUCAUGACAUGGCCUCAUCUUGGCAACAAAAGCGUUUUGAUUUCAUAGCAUUUCUAAGAACAUUUCAGAAGCAAUCAUUC